ACCCGGAAGGCCAAAAAGAAAGAAAGAAAAGAAAGCCUCCCCCAAAGACGAGACGGCCGUUUCUGUGGCAACGGAGUUUGGAGGGUCGGUUCUGGGGCAGGAGAUGGAAGAGCCUGGCGUCUAUCGGUGCAUCGAGUGCAAUCGAAAGGCUACGGAGCUCUACAAGGACUACCAGCGUGGCGUGUUGCGCAUCUCUAUCUGCAAAUCGUGUCAGAAACCAGUAGACAAAUAUAUAGAAUAUGAUCCCGUUAUCAUCUUAAUUAAUGCUAUCUUAUGCAAAGCACAGGCUUACAGGCAUAUUCUGUUCAAUACAAAGAUAAAUAUUCACGGGAAGCUCUGCGUAUUCUGUUUGCUUUGUGAGGCUUAUCUCAGGUGGUUGCAGCUACAGGAUUCAAGCCAAAGUCCUGAUCCUGAUGAUUUUAUUAGAUAUGCGAAAGAAUGGGAUUUUUAUCGAAUGUUUGGAAUAGCAUCUCUGGAACAAACUGCUUUCUUGAUUGGCAUCUUCACUGCUCUGUGGUUAGCAAAACCUGUAGUCCUGAAAACCAAAGCAGAUUUCACCUUUCUUCUGAAAGCAUUGCUAUUAUCCAGCUAUGGAAAACUGCUACUGAUUCCAGCUGUUAUUUGGGAACAUGACUAUACUCAUUUGUGCCUCACACUCAUUAAAGUGUUUGUCUUGACAUCUAACUCUCAAGCAAUUAGAGUUACUUUGAACACAAGCCGAAAAUUUUGUCUGGUGGUCAUUUUGAAUGGAUUAAUUUUGGAAAAUGGAAUCAUCUAUUUGUUCCAGAGGAUAGGAUGGAACAUUUGAGACCAUCUUGUUUCAUUAUGUUAACAGUGGAAAUCUAUGAAGAUAUAAAGAAAAGACUGCCUUUGGAGUCAUUCACUUUGCCACGGUGGUAAAGAUAUGCUGAAUGUAAAUAAAACUUUUUCUACUAAACAGUAAAAAGUAAUGUGAACAGUGUUUGAAAACAAACCAGGAAAUUAUGGGUAUGAUGCACUGAUAUUUAAUUUUUAUAAUAUGCUUUGAUACUUUUGGUUUGUCAAAAAGGAUCCAAUUGUCUAUUUUCUUACUCCACUAUUUUGUAUUU